AUGGCCAGGCCCCAGCGCCCGCCCCACCCUGCCCCGCCCCGCCCCAACUGGGCCCCGAGCCUAGAGCCUGGGGACAAGGGCCAGCUGCCCCGAACCCCCCUCGCCACCCCCUCCCGAGCCCCCUCCUCACUCCGGCUCUCUCCCGUCCCUGGUCCUGGCUGGGGAGGGGCUUCCGGGGUCCUUUGCACUGCUGACCCCUCUGCUGGGGGUCCGAGCGAGAGGGCGCGGAGCGGGGUCCGGGGAGAGAAGCCUCAGCCCCAGCUCAGCUCGCCGCCCAGCCCAGCCGCCGUUUCCUCCGGCGCCAGGAGGGGGCGCCCCUGCGGUGCAGAAAAACGUCCUCAGAUCGGCGGUUCCGAGGGGAAAGCAGCUUGUUCCCUCCCCGCGCCCCCGGCCGAGGCCCUGGCAGGAGCCACCGCCGUUGUUCUAAAGAAACGGGUCCCAGGGCUAUCCCUGAGCAGCCGAGCUGAGGGGGCGGGGCCCCAGCCCCCCCGUAUCCUGUCUGAGGUGCUCGCUCUUCCUGGGGCCCAAGUGCCCGGGUGGGUGAGAGGCAGGCUCGGGGUGGGCAAAGCCUCAGGCCGCCCAAGCCCCCAGGCCGCCCAAGCCCCCAGGCCGCCCAAGCCCCCAGGCUGCCAACUCCCCAGGCCGCCCAAGCCCCCAGGCCGCCCAAGCCCCCAGGCUGCCAACUCCCCAGGCCGCCCAAGCCCCCAGGCCGCUCAAGCCCCCAGGCCACCCAAGCCCCAGGCCGCUCAAGCCCCCAGGCCGCCCAAGCCCCCAGGCCGCCCAAGCCCCAGGCCGCCCAAGCCCCCAGGCCGCCCAAGCCCCCAGGCUGCCAACUCCCCAGGCCGCCCAAGCCCCCAGGCCGCCCAAGCCCCCAGGCUGCCAACUCCCCAGGCCGCCCAAGCCCCAGGCCGCCCAAGCCCCCAGGCUGCCAACUCCCCAGGCCGCCCAAGCCCCCAGGCCACUCAAGCCCCCAGGCCACCCAAGCCCCAGGCCGCUCAAGCCCCCAGGCCGCCCAAGCCCCCAGGCCGCCCAAGCCCCAGGCCGCCCAAGCCCCCAGGCCGCCCAAGCCCCCAGGCUGCCAACUCCCCAGGCCGCCCAAGCCCCCAGGCCGCCCAAGCCCCCAGGCUGCCAACUCCCCAGGCCGCCCAAGCCCCCAGGCCGCCCAAGCCCCAGGCCACCGAAGCCCCCAGGCCGCUCAAGCCCCCAGGCCACCCAAGCCCCAGGCCGCUCAAGCCCCCAGGCCGCCCAAGCCCCCAGGCCACCCAAGCCCCAGGCCGCUCAAGCCCCCAGGCCACCCAAGCCCCCAGGUCGCCAAGCCCCCAGGCCGCCAACUCCCCAGGCUGCCCAAGCCCCAGGCCGCCCAAGCCCCCAGGCUGCCAACUCCCCAGGCCGCCCAAGCCCCCAGGCCGCCAAGCCCCCAGGCCGCCCAAGCCCCCAGGCCACCGAAGCCCCCAGGCCGCUCAAGCCCCCAGGCCACCCAAGCCCCCAGCCGCCCAAGCCCCCAGGCCGCCAACUCCCCAGGCCGCCCAAGCCCCCAGGCCGCUCAAGCCCCCAGGCCGCCCAAGCCCCAGGCCACCCAAGCCCCAGGCUGCCAACUCCCCAGGCUGCCCAAGCCCCCAGGCCACCCAAGCCCCAGGCCGCUCAAGCCCCCAGGCCGCCCAAGCCCCAGGCCGCCAAAGCCCCCAGGCCACCCAAGCCCCAGGCUGCCAACUCCCCAGGCUGCCCAAGCCCCCAGGCCACUCAAGCCCCCAGGCCACCCAAGCCCCAGGCCGCCCAAGCCCCAGGCCGCCCAAGCCCCCAGGCCACCCAAGCCCCAGGCCGCUCAAGCCCCCAGGCCGCCAAAGCCCCCAGGCCACCCAAGCCCCAGGCUGCCAACUCCCCAGGCUGCCCAAGCCCCAGGCCACUCAAGCCCCCAGGCCACCCAAGCCCCAGGCCGCUCAAGCCCCCAGGCCACCAAAGCCCCCAGGCUACCCAAGCCCCAGGCUGCCAAAGCCCCCAGGCCGCCCAAGCCCCCAGGCCACUCAAGCCCCAAGGCCACCCAAGCCCCCAGGCUGCCAAAGCCCCCAGGCCACUCAAGCCCCCAGGCCUCCCAAGCCCCCAGGCCACCCAAGCCCCAGGCCGCCCAAGCCCCCAGGCUGCCAAAGCCCCAAGGCCGCUCAAGCCCCCAGGCCACCCAAGCCCCAGGCUGCCAAAGCCCCCAGGCCACCCAAGCCCCAGGCUGCCAAAGCCCCCAGGCCACCAAAGCCCCAGGCCACCAGCACCCCAGGCCGCCAGUGCCAGCAGAGCCUUGGGGGGCUUCAGGUCAUGAAGAAGACCUAG